UAGUGUUGACUGAAUGACAGAUCACUGCAACCAUGGCUUCAAUCGGACACUGAAUUGAUUGUCAUUUCUUUGCGGAAGACUUUACGGACAAACAGACGGACAGACACUGCGGACAGACGUCUCGGUCUCGACCACACGCGACGAGUGCACCGCCGAAGCCAUCCAUAAAUAUGAUACACAACAACGAAGUGAUUUCCAUCGAAGAGGAUCUCCUGAACUGUCGCCAAAUGAUCCGUCGGUUUACGUUUAAUAACCGCAAUAACAACCUCCGCAUCGGUGUCCUAACCAUCGGCGCCUCACUCGUGUCCUGCGAACUCGACGCCCACCAGAUCAUUGUCAACCAUCACCCCAACGGCUCCAACAACAGCCACAGUCCGGCCCACGAGUCGGCCCUCAGUCGCACCAAUUGGAUCAGUCAUGUGAGAGGACCCGACACACUGUCCCUCACAGCCGGCCUCUCCUCAUCGCAGUCGCAGUCCGUUGUCUAUCAGUUGACUCAAGAGAAUCAGUUGAUUGUCACCGGAAGGUUCAAAUCGCAGCAACAGCUCCUCAAUCCAUACUUCUUUAAUUUGAAUUGCGCAACAAGUAAGACAUCACUGGACGGCCACUACCUUCAGGUGCGGUCGUCGGACGCCACGGCUCUCAUCCGACAGCAAAUCACGUCAAAUAAUUGCGGCGCCGAUAAUGAGAUCAAUUUCGUGACGGCCAACGCCUGUGCAAUACCGGUG